AUGUCUGCAGCCCAGCGCGUCCAGCAGCACCCCGUCUUCAUCCAGGCCCAGACAAAGGCCUCCUACUACGUCAACCAGCUCGACAAGGAGCUCACCAAGUACCCCGUGCUCAACACCCUCGAGCAGCGCACCCAGGUCCCCAAGGCCUACGCAGUCAUCGGCGGGCUCUUCCUCAUCGUCUUCCUGCACACCUUCAACGCCCUCGCUGCACCCGUCUCCAACCUCGUCGGUUGGGGCCUCCCCGCUUACCUCUCCUUCAAGGCAAUCGAGUCGCCCUCGCCCCACGAUGACGUCCAGUGGCUCACUUACUGGACCGUAUUCGGCGCGUUCAACUUUGUAGAGAGCUUCGCCCUGCGCUUGGUGCUGUAUUAUGUGCCCUGGUACUUUGCGUUCAAGAGCCUGUUCAUCGUGUGGCUCCAGCUCCCGGCGUUCCGCGGCGCCCAGGUGGCUUACUUCAACGUUAUCAAGCCCCUCCUCGCCAAUGUGAGCUCUUCGACCCGCUCUCCCGCCCCCGCCACCACAAAUCCAGAGCCCGCCGCUCACGUCGAGUAA